AUGACCCAUACCCAUCCCCCACUCGAUGACCGCCCCAACGCCAAUACCUCACCGCCCAUCUCUGCCCCCGACAUCACAUGUACCGGGAUGCUCCAGCCCGGGCUGGCAACUCUCGCAAGACCCGCAGAUCCAAGUUGGUUGCUGUACUGGGUGGAAGAGAUGCAGAUGCAAGAGAACACUGCACGCACGCCUCCGUACGCCAUAGGGGGAGGAGGGUCACUGCCCAGCAAGCACGAGCUGCUCCGCAACUGCGAAUCCCUGAUCAUCACGUCUUUGUCGGCUAUUGAUGCCACUGCUGCUUUAGCGCACGAAUGGGAAGAGAGGAGUCUCACCGGUCUUUUCAGCGGCGUCAUGCACAUCGCUUUCGAGCCCGACUGUAUUGAAGCGUACUGUGAGCUAUGCUUCCCACAAGGAUUUGGCCCAACUGGCAGUUUGGUCGAGGCGCGCCGCCCCCCGACUGUAUUUUCAGUCGAAUACGAUCUUUAA